AUGGCUGCUGGGAAGCUGCCGGCGGCGCUGCUGCUAGUGGCACUACUGGCUUCGAGCCCCGCGCGCGCCAUCGUGGCCGGCGCGGCAGCCAACGACUCCGCGAGCGAACCCCCGGCUGCCGAGGACCAACUGCAGCAGCUCCCCUCCUCACACAGGAGCGCUUCCGCCUUCCCAGCAUCUGGCAGUUAUGGGGUGUAUGGCAGCGGCGGGCUGGAACACGGCGGCUCCUUCGUCAGUGGUCCAGGAACAGGUGUGAGCUACGGUGGCGCCGGUCUGGUCGGCGGCUCCUAUGGCUCGUAUAGUGUGGAGGGCGGAGGCAACGUGCAUGGGGGCUUUGACCACCAGCCCCUGCCGCUGCCGCAUCCUCAUGUCCCGAGCCAUCACCCCCACUACCCGGCUUCCGUGCUGAAGGGCCUGCUCAUCCCGCUGGCGGGGGCGGCGCUGCUGGGGGCGGCGGCGGCGCUGGCGGCCAACCCGGUGCUGCUGCAGAUAGGCGUCAUCUCUGGGAGGCGGCGCCGGAGGCGAAGGGACGCAGCAGCGGGGGCCGAGGCGCAGCGCCGCCUGCAGCAGUUGCGGCUGCUCGAGGACUUCCUCGCCUCCGUGGGCCCCCAGGAGAGGGCGGAGCGCUCCCUACUGGCCAGCUACCUCAGUUGCUCAGGGCAGCGCGAGUCCUCCUGUCUGCAGCGACUCGUCUGCGAGAUGCAGCGCCCCGACGCUCCAGAACUCGACCGCCGAGUCAUGGAUGUUAUAAAAGAAGAGAUAUUUUCAAACGAACUUGUUCCCGACGCUGUCAAGAAGAGGAUCACCCGAGCUUCGGACGUUGGUUUGACAUCGGGAAAAUGUGAACAGUUCCCAUGCAGUGAGGUGCAGCUUUAA